AUGUCUCAGCCGCAAGUCACCUCCGAAGAAGUCAAGCCACGUGCGGUGUAUAGUAUUGACCAAAUUCUGGGAGUAAACAGUAGUUCUUCCUGCUCCUCCAAAAGUGUUGAGGAGUCCGACGCCAUGAAAGGGGACGUCGCUAGCGAGGGCGAGAUGGCAGACGAGAGUCUGGAGGACCUGGGGGACUCGAGGCCGAGGAAGAUAAGACGGUCGAGGACGACGUUCACUACGUACCAGUUACACCAGCUAGAGAGGGCCUUCGAGAAGACCCAGUAUCCCGACGUCUUCACCAGGGAAGAGCUGGCCAUGAGACUGGACCUCAGCGAAGCCAGAGUACAGGUCUGGUUCCAAAACCGCAGGGCCAAAUGGCGCAAACGCGAGAAAGCCAUGGGACGAGAAGCAGUGCCCUUCAUGCACCCAGGGGACCAACCCGGCAUGGCAGAGUUUCCACUGCACGGAGCAAUCGGCCUACCGCCCUUACCCAACGAACACUUCUGGCCGACUCUACCCUACCCUCCCAUGCUGAACCCAGCGCACCUGGCCAUGUGCUGGCCUCCGAAGAACCCUUUCCAAGCGAUACUCUCGCAGUACUUCAUAUCCGGAGCCGCGCCGCAACUCAAUCUUCUCGGGGGACACUUGCCAGAAGAGAGAUCAGGGAGUUCAAGUCCUGAAACCGCCAGUCCCUCGCAGCUGUCGCCAGCGACUCUGGAAGCGCUCAGGAUAAGGACUCAGGAGAUGUUGCUGCCUUCUGGAUCGCAGCAGAAGCUGCACGCCAAUUCCUAAGUUUGUUUGUAAAUAGGACGUUUUUUUUUUUGUAAAUAUUGUUUAUUUAUUUGUAAAUAGUGGUUACGUUUUUUGUACAUAGCGAU